CCAAGCGUUCAGUUGACGCCAAGCACGACUUGUGACCGGUUGUGUCCUUAUCCCUUUUUGACAACCUGCCCGUCUGUUUCAUUCAGGAAUCGUUAAUCAGAUCGGGUGCCGGGAUCCGGGUCGCGAAGUGCCUGUUCACUCAUGUCAGGGAAGUCAGAAAUAGCCGAAUCAGCUGUAAGGGCUAAGUGAUAUGGGAUGCUGAGGUGUGAGAUGUUGUUGAUAUGUUCUCUACUGAUACUAGUCUGUGAGGUGACGUCCCACUACACAUCCCAAUGGGCUGCACAUAUCGAAGGCGGACCAACGAACGCAAGGAGGAUCGCCGAGAUGCACGGUUUCACACUUUUAGCUGAGAUCUUCCAGGAUAUGUAUCAUCUGGAGCACAAAAAAGUUGCGAAAAGAUCGAUACAUACCAGCUUCGAAUUCCACGAUAAGCUCGUUUCUGAAAAAGACGUGAAAUGGGCGAAGCAACAGCGUGCGAAAAGGCGGAGGAAAAGAGAUUUUAUGACGAGAAAAGAGCUCGGCUAUGCUCCUUCGAAUCACGUUUCCUCCAACGAUCCGAAAUGGCCGAAAAUGUGGUAUCUGAAUCGAGGCCAAGGUCUUGACAUGAGCGUGGAGGGAGCCUGGCGACAAGGCAUUACUGGAAAAGGAAUCGUAGUCACUAUUUUAGACGACGGCUUAGAAAAGGAUCAUCCCGAUUUAAAAGACAACUACGACCCUCUAGCCAGUUACGACGUUAACAACCAAGACGAAGAUCCGAUGCCGAGGUACGAUAGCCUGGAUUCAAAUCGGCACGGGACUAGAUGUGCCGGUGAAGUUGCCGCCGUGGCCAACAAUUCGAUUUGUUCCCUGGGAAUAGCUUACAGAGCCAGUGUGGGAGGUGUUAGGAUGUUAGACGGAGAGGUGACUGACGCCGUCGAAGCCAGGUCUCUUUCCUUAAAUCCUCAACACAUCGACAUAUACUCGGCGUCCUGGGGACCGGACGACGACGGAAAGACCGUCGACGGGCCUGGAGAAUUGGCCAUGAGAGCAUUCGUCGAAGGAGUAACCAAGGGGCGAGGAGGCAAGGGCUCGAUUUUCGUCUGGGCUUCAGGAAAUGGAGGAAGGGACCACGAUAACUGCAACUGUGAUGGAUAUACAAAUUCCAUAUGGACGUUGUCCAUAUCCAGCGCUACGGAACACGGCAACGUACCAUGGUAUUCCGAGGCUUGUUCUUCCACAUUAGCAACGACCUAUAGUAGCGGGUCAAACGUAGAAAAACAGAUUGUCACCACAGAUCUUCAUCAGCAGUGUACAGAAAAUCACACGGGGACAUCGGCAUCAGCCCCUCUUGCAGCAGGGAUCUGUGCUUUGGCAUUGGAAGCCAACACACAACUCACAUGGAGAGACAUGCAGCAUAUCGUUGUAGCAACUGCCAAGCCAGCCAACCUCCAAGCUCGGGAUUGGACCACAAAUGGUGUUGGGCGCAAUGUGAGUCAUUCCUUUGGUUAUGGACUUAUGGACGCAGAGGCUAUGGUGAAGAUGGCUAAAAAGUGGCCCACAGUUCCUCAACAACACAGAUGUGAAGUCAAGGCUCCUCAUGUUGACAAGUCUAUACCAGGGAAAGGUAAAGUUAGAUUACAACUUGAUGUAAAAGAAUGCAAUGGUGUCAAUUAUUUAGAACAUGUUCAAGCUAAAAUAUCAUUAGUUUCCAGUAGACGUGGUGAUAUUGAAAUUAUGCUGAUCUCACCAGCAGGAACAAAAACAAUUCUUUUGGCAAAACGUGUUCAUGAUUUAUCAAGAGCAGGGUUCAGAUCAUGGCCUUUUAUGUCAGUUCAUACAUGGGGGGAACACCCAAUCGGGAAUUGGACAUUAGAAAUUCAUAACGAAGCCCGAUAUUUUGCUCGACUGACUGAUUGGAAUUUGAUUUUUUACGGGACUGAGACAGCACCUGGAGUAGAACCUGAACUAACUGCUGGGAAGAAAGAGGAAGCAAUGCCGAGCCCGACUUUCAGUCAAGAUAAUUCAGUCGAUAUGGCUGAUAACUCAAGAUGGAAAGAUCACUCACAAAGGACCGGUUUUACGUCUCAAGAAAUCCAUGCUCUUCCCGACGAAAUUUCCUCCUCGGGUUGUCAAACGUCGACUCGCUCAUGCUUAGAAUGUUCAAAAGGCUGGUUCUUAAUCAAUGGUCGAUGCGAACAGUUCUGCCCGUUUAAGACAUACAAGCACGGUGAACACUGUGAGAGUUGUCAUUACUCUUGUAAAAGUUGUUCUGGACCAAAUGACUAUGAGUGCACCGAGUGUUUCCCAGAUGCAUUGCUCUAUACAUCGGACUUUGAGCGUUUCUGUUACCCAAAAGCACUCCUUUUGACAAUAAAUUACAAUAAAUGGUAUUUCAGAACGUUCAUCGCCUUUUCUGUCAACGCUUGUAUUUUUAUUGCUAUUGGGUUCAUUUUUUACUUCAGGUCAAAAGGUUGUCGCAUCAAAUCUAAUUUUUUGAAAAUAUCAAGUUUUGAUGUAGUUAAAUACAAGCUAACUAAUAAUGAUGAUGAGGAUGAUGAGGAAUCUGAACGCUAGUCCAAUUUGUAAUAUAUAUCGUUAUGUGUAUAUAUUGACACAAAUUGACUGUUUUUGUAAUUGGUUUUAAUUUGUUAAUUUUUAAUUGUAAUAGAAAAAAUGUUCACUUUCCUAUGAGUGAAGAGGUGUAUAUUUUUAAAUUUAAAUUUUUUUAGAUGUUUGACUAGCAAUGUUUUUAUUA